GUUGUGUUGUCGUCAUAAUAUGUGAAAAUUCAUAAUGGAUUUUGUAAGCGAAGUCGAAAAUUGUCCCGAGAGGACACGAAAAAUGGCUCCGAACGUGACGGACGUGAACGGUGUGCUGUUCGAGAGUGACGCAGCAACCCCUGACCUUGCCCUUGCCAAUGCCCCGGUCCAGCAGGCGGACAACAGCCCGAGGAUAUACGUGUGGCGCAACAUCAUCCUAUUCGCGUAUCUUCAUAUCGCGGCGCUGUAUGGCGGCUACCUGUUUCUGGUGUCAGCUAAAUGGCAAACGGAUAUUUUUGCUUACUUCUUGUAUGUGGCAUCUGGGCUGGGCAUAACAGCGGGCGCCCACAGGCUCUGGGCCCACAAGUCCUACAAGGCUAAGUGGCCGCUGCGACUCAUCCUUGUCAUCUUCAACACCAUCGCAUUCCAGGACUCUGCGAUAGACUGGGCGCGCGACCACCGCAUGCACCACAAGUACUCGGAGACCGACGCCGACCCCCACAACGCGACCCGCGGGUUCUUCUUCUCCCACAUCGGGUGGCUGCUCGUUCGCAAGCACCCUGAACUCAAGCGCAAGGGCCAGGGGCUGGACCUUAGUGACCUGUAUGCUGAUCCUAUACUUCGCUUCCAGAAGAAGUACUACCUAAUCCUGAUGCCUAUAGCCUGCUUCAUCCUGCCGACGGUCAUCCCGGUCUACCUCUGGAACGAGACCUGGACCAACGCGUUCUUCGUGGCCGCGCUCUUCCGCUACGCCUUCAUCCUCAACGUCACCUGGCUCGUCAACUCCGCCGCCCACAAGUGGGGCGACAAGCCCUACGACAAGUCCAUCAAACCCUCGGAAAAUAUCUCCGUCUCCCUCUUCGCUUUCGGAGAAGGUUUCCACAACUACCACCACACUUUCCCCUGGGACUAUAAAACGGCGGAACUCAGCAGCAACCGACUUAAUUUUACAACCAAAUUCAUUAACUUCUUCGCAAAAAUCGGCUGGGCUUAUGACAUGAAGACGGUAUCUGAUGAGAUCAUCCAGAAGAGAGUCAACCGCACGGGAGACGGGACCCACCAUCUAUGGGGGUGGGGCGAUAAGGACCACUCCAAGGAAGAGGUCAACGCGGCUGUCAGAAUAAACCCUAAAGAUGAUUAAAUAUUAAUAUAGAGCUUCCUUUUACGGUCUGAUUUAACUUAAGUUUUUUAACUUGCAGACACUCAAGGUCUGUUUUUAAUUCCAUAAGAUUUAAAAUGUAAUUUUAUUGGAAAUGACUUCAAAAUUACAUAAAAUGUCGUAUCGGUCUUUAGGAAUGAAAAACACACUAGUAAAGUAUAUGAGAUGCAACUUGGUGAGUGAUUGCGAUUUAGAAUAGUAUCUAUAGAAUUGUGUGAUUGCUUCUGAUACGUGGCUUUGUGAUAACACAUCAGUAUUAUAGACCACAUAUUGAAUUUGCUUUUAUUUAUAUUUUAUGAGAAAAGGCUCAUAAAAGUUGAGGAUUAACACGUUCUUGUCACUGUGGUUGCACUGUGCAUCUGAUGUAUGCGGGACUGACCUAAAGAGAUUGAACAUUUUGAAUUUGUAUUAGGAAUGCGAACGUGUUAAGAAGAUACCUCUUUUCAAUUCAAUAAUUAUUGAGCAUUAACAUCAAUCCACUUUAUAGCAUAUGAUUUCAUUCAUUAAUAACGUAAUAGAUUUAUAAACGCCUACAACCUGUUUUUGUAGUAAAAAACGUAUUUUGUACUUCAUUUUACCAGUUCAUUUUAUUUAGUAAAACUUUCAGUUAGAUUCCAGCAUUAAAUGUGUUAUGAAACAAAAAUCAUAAUAGUCUUAAUGCGUUUCUUAAUUAAGGUAAUUUAUUUUAUUCCAUUGUCAGGAGCUAGUUUGGCUUACGUCAAGUCCCUGAGAUUCGUUGAAUUUGUGGUUAUUUUAUACGUCGAAAUGUGUUUUUUUUUUAAAUAAAUUUUUGCUCUUCUGAGAUUCAGAAGCAAUAGUUAUAUCCUGAAUUUGAGAUCUUCCAUUGUUCAUUAAGAGACAAAAUUAAAAUUUGAAUAUGUACCUGCAAUGUUUUGUAUGCUAGCAUGGUAGCACAAAGAUUUAUCAAUGCAUUGUCUGCCAAUCAAAUUAAUCUCAGAGCCAAAUCAACGAAAUUGCUAAUGAUUUUUAACAGAAUGUAGUUUUUCAUGUAAACGGGUAAAUAAUUUUAAUAUCCCAGUAAUUUAUUUAUGGCAGAGUUCAUUACACGUAAUGAUCAAGUUUUGUUUAAUAUUAAGGAUAUGUGGUAUAUAAUAAGUUUUGUAAUUUAUGCAUAUUGUAUGCACGAAGAGAUUUGAGCUUCACCGAACUUAGCUGGCUCUAAUUCGGUGGUAUUUUUUUAACUUCGCUCAUUUUAAAGACUCAACUGCAUUUUAUAUGUGUAUCUGUAAUAUACAUAUAUUAUAAAGAGAUUAUAUAAGCAAAUAUUUCUAACUUGUAAGUUUUAUAUAAAAAGUAUAGCUUAGUGCAGUUGCGUCUUUAUUAUUUGAGAGUUGAGAGCGAGUAUUUGAUACAAUAUGUAUUGGACUGAUGUGUGAAGAUGUUUGUGAUAUUAGAGUACCAUUUAGAGCAACGUUGAUAUGAAACUGCUACUCAAAGAAAUGUAUAUUUUUACCAGCCCUAUAUUAACUUUCCAUGUAUGUAAUGAAAUUUAUAAGCAAAAAUAUCAAGAAUUAAUACCAGAAAAUAGUAUACAUUUCCCUACAGUCAAAUAUGUAGUAUCUAAGUUUUUCUACAAUGUACUAACAGUAACACAAUUUAACUACCAAAGUUGGCUCUUAUGUAUUUGAAAUAUGCUAUACGAUAUUUCGGUUUACCUCCUAAGUCCCGGUGUCCUUUUAUAAGAGCAAAAUUAAUGCUAAGUUUGAACUAAAAUGACACUGAUACUUAGGUGUGUUCAUGAUGGUGUUGUAUUUAUAUAAAUAUUGCAUUGUAACUUAAACUCAGGGGCCAAAUUCGACACGUACAACUGUCAGAUUUCGCGUCCACGUCAAAUCAACAGUUGAUUUUAUUGCAUACUGAGUGUUGAUUCCAUCAACGGUGGAUAAUAUCAUUUGGUACAACCAAAACUCAACUCUAAACUAAGGGUGGUUCGGUUUGGUUUGCUUGUCACCCUAACUGUGGAUUGUUAAUGUCAAAUUUUGACAUUGUACGUAUUCGAGAACGUAUGAUUUUUUACACAUUAACGGGAGAUCAACACGAUACGUCAAACGUCGCUUGUCGAAUAGGGGUCCUGGUCAUAAAUGACAAGAGCUAACCCAAUAGUGGAUACGAAGUCAUACAAAUAUGGCAGUUACAAUAUUCAACUCUAUUGACAGCUAUUAAAGUACAAAUUUAAACAAAUCAUUUCAAUUUAUAUGGCACGCAGUAAAGGGCUCAUACCUAUUUGUUUCAUAUCAACGGGCUGUAUAUAAUAUAAUUAAGCAGAGCUAAUAGCACAUGCACGUAUCCUCCGGGCGUCGCCCAAACUUAACGCACUAGACUCGGUGUUGUGAGUCUGUCUCUUUCAUUUAAGUAUGUCGUAGACAUAGUCUUGUUGUUCUAUGUUAACUAAAUUUUAAAACUAUAA